AGCACCAACAGCAACAACAACAAUAGCAAUAUCCACUUCAGAAGUGGCACAUCAUUUCAGUAAAUAGAAACCGAAACCGAAACGAACUGAAACCGUUUGAGCUUUUGUCUCUUAGUCCAGUUUAACUAUGGCCAGCAAACAGUUGUCUCUUCGAAUCUUGUGGCUUUUGCUCGCACUGAGCCGCCAGCCGAACGUCCUCGGCCAGGACGAACCCGAUGCACAGCAAUUGCAGGCGCUACGGCCACGGGGCCGUGUACGCAUUGCAGAUAUGCAAAUGGCGGCUCAGCAGCCACCGGCGCCACCAUCCGCGCCAGCCAUGCUGGGCCACGGCUCCAUCAACUGGCCGGGCUAUGCGCCAAUCGUGCCCAAUGUGCUGCCCAUGCCGGCCAGCUCCACGGUGCACACGCACAUUCCGCUUCUGCGCGAGCAGCCGGAUAACAAGGCGCCGAGCGAGCAGCGCGGCCCAGACAGCGUGGUGUACGGCAACUGGAAGCCGGAGCUACCACAGAUGCCGCCUGAAGCCGGCGAGGAGCCGCCAAAGCAACGCAAAUAUGGACGCCUCGAGGCCAUGCUCAUGGGCAUGCCAGCUGAUGCCACCGAUAGGCGCGACACAUCCAGCGAGGAGAUGUUGCCGGAAACAGAGCAACGCACUGCAUCUGUGGGCUAUCAGAAUCCCUAUUCGCGUCGCGAUAGCUUCGAACAUUCGCAGGAAACCCGCGGUCGCUGGCGCAUACCAACGCAACUGCAUCCAUCCCAGCUGCAGCCGAAAGCGCAACCACAGCCGAAGCAAUCGGCGAUCGAAGUGGUGCGCUUGAAUGCAACGGAUCCUCUGAUGCGAGAGAUGGCCCAGCAAAUCAACGAGUCCGUUGAGACAACGACAGCCGUACAGAGACGUAAGCAUGUGCAAACCACAGAGGAUAACUGGAUGCCGCUGCCCUAUCCAUAUCCCACGCCCACCUUUGAGAGCACGCAGCCCGUGCCCCGGGUGAGUCCAGUGAUGAGCAGCACGGCAGCGCCCACGCCCAGCGCGGGCCUUGUGGAGUCCACCACCGUGGCGCUCAAUUGGCCCACAGACUUUCUGGAUGCCACGCCCAGCAGCACUGAGCGCAUCUACACCGAUGCCGGCAGCAGCAUCGAUCGCGUCGAUCACAUCGACAGCAUCGAUCGGCUAGACGACGACAUCGAUGACUAUAAAUACUAUGAGGAAAAUCUCAGCUCGGCUCAAAUGCAAAGCGAGCUGAGCGUGCCGGAGACGCAGGUGCCACAGGUGCCACAGGGGCCCCAGAUGCCGCUCAAUAUCACGCGCGUUGGCAUUCCCUACGAGGAGCGCAACUCCGCCGAGGAGCCGACCAUCUGUGUGCCACUGACCGUAUCGGAGAUGGCCACGGAGAGCUCAACGGCGGUGCUGGUAGAAGUGGAGCGCGUCUAUUGCUUUCCGCUGCCCAAAGUUGAGAUCAAGACCGGCAAAGUGCGACAGCAGUUCGUGCCGCAGGCAACGGAGCAGGAGCCCAGCUCCAAUGCGAAUGUCACAGCCGUGGACAUGGAACACCCUCAACCAGAGGCGACUGCAGGUGCUAGUCAUCCGACCAGCUGGGCAUUACUACUCAUCCUAUGGAGCUACGUCUUGGUUCAUUUAUAGUCUAACUAACGCGAUUACAAAUCGCUGAAUCUUAACUCAGGGCCUAUUUGUAAUUAGAGAAUCGAAACAUAUUUAUUUACAUCAUUAAAGCUGAACCAAACCC